CUGUAUACAAACACUUGCAUAACUUUUCUUUAACAAGUCUUGAGAAUUAAGAAGUGAACUUAGCUUAGCCAUGGAAGAAGAAGGAGAAGUAGAAGAGUGCAAGUUUAGAAUCCUAAUGUUUCCAUGGUUAGCUCAUGGACACAUAUUUCCUUUCAUUGAACUUUCCAAGCAUCUCUCAAGACGAAGCUGCUUUCAUGUCUACUUUUGUUCGACAGCCAUCAACCUCGUUUCCAUCCGAAAACACAUCCGAAACGAGUACCCGACGAUACAACUAGUCGAGCUUCCCAUGGCAGCAUCGCCGGAGCUCCCCCCACAGUUCCACACCACCAAAGCUUUGCCUCCCCGUCUUUGGCCGAACCUCUUGAAGGCCUUCCAAGAAUCGAGCUGCAGCUUCCAGGACAUUCUCGACUCCCUUAAGCCCGAUUUUCUAAUAUACGACUUCUUCCAACCGUGGGCACCAAAGAUCGCGCUCUCUAGAGGCAUAGAUUCGGCCUUCUUUGCAGCUUCGGGCGCAGCAUCGUAUGCUUUUUAUUACCAUAUGUACAUGGAGGGGACGAGCUCGACGUUCCCUUAUCCGGCAAUACAUUUACAGGAUUAUGAGAUGAUCGACUUCGGGUUUCGUAAGAGCAUAAAAGAUGCUGAGGAUAAUGAGUUCUUGUUCGGGAACUUCGCCUUGUCCCGGGACGUCAUAUUGAUGAAAAGCUGCCGGGCUGUCGAGCGAAAGUACAUCGAUUACCUCUCCGAUAUAUGCAAGAAACGGGUUGUGAUCACCGGUCCGCUUAUUGCAGAUGCCAACGAAGCGUACCCAUACGAUGACGAGGAGAUGCUCGCGAAGAUCAUGGAAUGGCUAAGCGGAAAAAGCAAGCGCUCGACCGUCUACGUUUCUUUUGGGAGCGAGUACUUUUUGUCGGGGGAUGAGCUAGGAGAGAUCGCAAAAGGGUUAGAACUUUGCGACGCGAACUUCUUGUGGGUCGUGAGAUUUCCUUCGGAAGAGAAGACGGGAAGGAUUGAAGAAGCAAUGCCGAAAGGGUUUCUUGAUCGGGUAGUCGAGAGAGGAAUGAUAGUUCGAGGAUGGGCACCGCAGACGAAGAUUUUGGCCCACCGGAGCAUCGGCAGUUUCAUGAGCCACUGCGGAUGGAGUUCAGUGAUGGAAAGCAUGUAUUUUGGCGUUCCAAUAAUAGCCAUGCCGAUGAAAUCCGAGCAACCGGCUAAUGCUAGGUUGGCAACGGAGGUGGGCGUUGGAGUGGAGGUCGGGAAGAGUCGAGAUGGAAGAUACACAGGCGAAGAGAUGGCCAAGACAAUAAGUAUGGUGAUGGCCGAGACACCGUUUUGCGAGGAUUUGAGGAAUAGAGCUAUACGAGUGAGCAAGGAAAUGAGGGAGAACGCCGAGGGAGAGGCGAGCCGAGUAGCCGAGGAGCUACAAACACUCUGUACCAACAAGAAAAAGAAGACGACGACGACAACCACAACCACGAGGAGGAACCAUGAAUAUAAAUAAA